CUCUGACGCAGCCCCACCGCUGCCGUCACCGCGGAGGCGGCCCAGGCUCCGGCUACCUCCGGUGAGCGGCUCCGGCCGCGGCUGAUGGCUGCCGGUUCCCAGCAGCCCUUGCUGCACCGGGCGGCAUCCCCGGGCGGGCACUCCCAGGCGCCCCCCGGACUUGCUGCACGGCGGCGGGGAGGCGGUGGCGAGCCGCUGUCCAUCCGCUCUCCGCCAUCACCGGACUUCCCGCUCCCUCCCGGUCGCCGCCGCCACCUCUUUGGCACAUGGCAGCGGCACCCCGGGGCUGAGUCCUGCCACCGCCCCGCGAGUGGGUGACGCCAGCGCCGCCGCUGCCGCCGCCACCAGCACUGCCACCAGCGGCACUGCCACCGGGUACCGGCACGGCGCGGGAGGACGGGGCAGAGUGGAGGGUGGCAGCGGGGGGGAGCGGAGCCGGUGCCCAUGUGCCCGCGUUCCCGGCGGGGCGAUGAAGCGGCGAUGACAAUGGCGGCUGCCGACAGGACCCUCCGGCCUUGGAAACCGGACCCGGGGCAGGCGGAGGGGGAUCGGCCGCCCCCGGGGCCAUCGCUGCCCCUGACCCUCACCGUCCUGGCCUGGCUGGGCACUGGCACCACCAUGGCCGGCCUCAACAAAUGGAUCUUCUCCACCCACGGCUUCCGCUACCCGCUGCUCCUCUCGUCCCUCCACAUGCUGUCGGGGGUGGCCGUGGGCUACCCGCUGGGCUGGGCGCGGGGACCGGCCCCACCGGCCCCCCGGCCCCGCGCCAGGAUCUACCUGCUCAGCCUCACCUUCUGCACCAGCGUGGCCUUGGGCAACCUGGGCUUGAGCUACGUGCAGCUGGAGGUGGCACAGGCGGUGGCCACCACCACGCCGCUGGUGACUCUGGUGCUGUCGGGGCUGCUGGGGGGCCGGCGGCACCACCCGCUGCAGUACAUCGCUAUGGGGCCCGUCUGUGCCGGGGCCGCCUGCAGCAUUGCCGGUGGCCUCCGCUUGCACCAGCCUGGCUGCGGCUUCCUCCUGGCCGCCACCGUCCUCCGCGCCCUCAAGUCCAUACAGCAGAGUCUGCUGCUGCAGGAGGACCGUCUGGAUGCCCUGUCCCUGCUCUGCCUGACCUCCCUGCCCAGUUUCUGCCUGCUCUUUGGGGCAGCCGUGGCACUGGAGGUGGGGCCCUCCUGGGAGGGCGUCUUGCGUUAUGAUGGCACCCUCUGGGCCUGUGUCCUGCUCAGCUGCCUGGGCUCCGUCCUCUACAACUUGGCCACCUUCUGUGUUCUCUCCCUCACCUCCGCUCUCACCGUCCACGUCCUGGGCAACGUCACCGUGGUGGGCAACCUGCUGCUCUCCCGCCUGCUCUUUGGUAGCCACCUGAGUGGGCUCAGCUACCUGGGCAUCGGGCUGAUGCUGGCUGGCAUGUUCAUGUACCACCAGCCAGACCUCAUCGCUGCUCACUGGGCACAGCGGCUGGGACGCGGCGGGCGCAGGCAGGAGUAGGCUCAGCAGGGACAGGGAUGGAUGGAUGGAAGGCAGGAAGGAUGGGGGCCAUGGGUGAGCAUGGCUCUAGAGGUGCACAUGUGCUGGAGUGCACGGCUCUGAGCACGCGUGUGUGUGCUGGAGUGCACAACUGUGCACACGUGUGUGUGUGUGUGUGCUGCAGUGCACGGCUCCACGUGCAGACGUGUUCACUGGUGUGUACAGCUCUGUGUGCAUGCAGGCGUGCUGGGAUGUGUGCAGAUACAGUUGGUAGUGUGCACAGCUCUAUGCACAUGCAUGUGCUGAUGUGCACACACUCUUGGUGCAAAUAUGUUGCAUGCAGAGCUCUGUGCAAAUGGCAGAGGCUGUGCAUGGCACUUUGUGUGUCCUCACGUGCACAGCUCUGUGCAGUGGGUCUGUGUGCUCAGCUCUGCACACAUGUACUGAUGUGCACAGCUCUGUGCAGUGAGUCUGUGCACAGCUCUGCAUAUGUGUGCUAAUGUGCACGGCUCUGUGCAGUGAGUCUGUGCACAGCUCUGCACACGUGUACUGAUGUGCACAGCUCUGUGCAGUGAAUCUGUGCACAGCUCUGCACACGUGUGCUAAUGUGCACGGCUCUGUGUGCACACCUGGUGUGCAGAGGGGUCGCUGUGUGUGGCUGGUGUGCACGCAGACAGACACCUGUGUUGGUGUGUGCAGGCUCUGCGUGUGCAGGCAUGCCUCAUGUGUGUGGGCAUGUGUGCAGUGGUGCAGACUGUGUGUGUGAGCAUGUUUGCGUGCACAGGGCACAGGUGCUGUGUGUGCCAGUGCAGCUGCCUGUGUGCACAGAUCCGUGUGUGCAUGUCCACGUUGCGUGUACACGUGUGUGUGUGUGCACAUUGUGUGUGCACGUGUGUGUGUGCACGUGUGUGUGUGUGCACAUUGUGUGUGCACAUUGUGUGUGCACGUGUGUGUGUGUGUGCAGGCUGCGUGCAGGGCAGCAGGUCCCUGCACAGGUGUGCAGCUGCGUGCUCUGCCCCUGCCGGCGUGUGCCCCUGUGCCCGUGCAGGCUGGGCAUGCUCAGGGACGGGGCUGCGGGUCCAGGACUCUGCACAGUUGGCUGCUGUCCUGCCUGGGGACACGGAGCAGUGUGUGUGUGUCAUGCGUGUGCACCACUCCUGAGCUCUGCUGGGUGGCUAAGCCUGGGGCUGGGUGUGCCCAGGGUUCUCGUGGCCAAACAAGGCACGCAGGGAGGGGUGAGUGUCCUCUCUCCUGUCCCCAGCCUCACCCUGUCAUGCCAGUCCCGCACAGCUGCUGGGGGGUGCCGCCCGUGUCGUCGUUGUCCCCACCAUGUCCUCCCAGCCUCAGAGCUCCAGCUCCAGCCCCAUCCUUCCCAGCUUGCAGUGGCUGGAAUAGGCAGGUGCGGGCAGGGCUGUGGCAUGUCCCCAGGACUCUCGCAGCGAUGGCGAGAGCGCAGCAAAGGCGACGGGGACAGCUCAGAGCCAGGCACCAGCGCCCCGGGAUGGUGCUGCGCUGCGGCUCGGCACACUCAUGCCUUGCCAGAGGGACGUUCCAGCGUGUCUAUGCCUGGCUGACGCUGGCACCACGGCACAUGGUGUCCGUGUGGCUGCUGCCAUGCUCACCGUGCCAGGGCCGGCAGACCCAGCUCUGGUUGCACUUGUCCCGAAAUAAAGCUCUAUUUUUGUCGUACUCCA